AUGAAGAUCACCUUGGUACUCCUCGCCAUCUGCCUCGGCUGUGUGAUGAUCCACCAGUCGGAGGCUCAGACCGCCACCACCACCACCACCGCCGCCACCACCACCACUUCCGCCGCCGCCACUACCACCACUUCCGCCGCCGCCGCCGCCGCCACCACCACCACCACUGCCGCUACGACCACCACUACCGCCGCCUCCACCACCACUACCACUUCCGCUUCCGCCUCCUCCACCACCACUACCACUGCAUCGCCAUCUUCUACAGAAAAAAAGAAGAAAGUAGUCCAGCGCAGCGAAACGAUAGUGGAACCCGGAAGGCAGAUUAGAAUUUCUAGCAGUAAGGGAGGACAGGGUUGCGGUUGCGGUUGCGAUUGCGAAUGUUGCAAGAGUGGAAAGAGUGGCAACUGUUGCAAGAGUGGAAAGAGUGGCAACUGUUGCAAGAGUGGCAAGAGCGGCAAGAGCGGCAAGAGUUGCAACAAGAGCAACCAGAGCAGCGGCAUAAAGGAGUGGUUCAAGUUCUGA